AUGUCUGCUGUUGGAACUUAUUUGAAAACUUUAACUGCCCGUCGUACCAUCUAUGCUUUGAAACCGGAGCUGCCUGGUGAGAUCACUGUUAAGGACAUCCAAUCCGUUGUACAAAGCAUAAUUAAGGAAACGCCCACAGCCUUUAAUUCCCAGCCAAAUCGUGCGAUUAUUUUGACUGGUGAAACUCACAGGAAGGUCUGGGACCAAGUGACCAAGGCUAUCGAAAGCCCUGACGGUCAGAAGAGACCUGCUUCAGCAAGAGAUGAAGCCUAUGGUUCUGUAAUCUUCUUUACGGAGGACAAAGUGACUGAAAAGUUAAAGGCGGAUUUCCCAGCUUACGCAGCAGCAUUUCCAAGUUUCGCAGACCACACUUCUGGUGCUGCUCAAAUCAAUUCGUGGGUUGCAUUGGAAGCUAUGGGUUUGGGUGGUCAUCUACAACACUACAACGGUUAUAUCAAAGCCGCUUUGCCAAGUAAGAUUCCUCAAUCUUGGACCGUACAAGCUCAGUUAGUUUUCGGUACUCCAGCUGCUGCCCCGGGUGAAAAGACUUACAUCAAAAACGAUGUUGAAGUGUUCAAUUAA